UUGCCUUUGGGGAUGAGAACGCCAACUUCUCCUCCUUUGCUGGCACCUUGCUCUCCCUCUCGGAGAUUCAGUUCGGGAAUUGGAAUCCGGCCUCCUUGUCCACCAAGACCUCUCUGCUCACGGCCUCGCUCAUGCUCUCCUUCUACUCCCUCCUGAUGCUCCUCUCCGCCAGCGCCAUCCUUGCGCUCAUCAACUGGGCGACGCGCGAGGUGACUCACGGCAACGUGGAGCGAGAGACUGCCGAUGAGGAGGGAAACCUCAAGAUUCAGAUUCGCAUCGGGCUGGCCCGUGUCCUCAACACCAGAUUCUUCUCCUUCCUGUGCGGGCGGUCGUUGCUGAUCCACUACCUGCUGAGCUUCCAACACAAGAAGGCUCAGAGGAUUGUAGGCGAAGAGACUGACGAGUGGGACGAGGAGCCCGUCCUCAACCGAGCCAAGAAGGCCUUCCGAUCGCUCGUGCAAGAGACGCAGGACUUCAACGAUGGGGUAGACAAGCUCUGCUCCUGCUUCGGCGUUGAGCACCUGGAGAUCGCCAAUCGCUGGCAGAAAGAGAACCUCUGGCGGAAGAUCAGGAACGAGCAGCAGCAGCGAGUGUUCGAGCAGAUGCUGGAAGGGCUGGUGGAGGGUCGAAUCGAUGCCGUGGUUCAGCAGUGCAAGCGAUGGCGACAAGACUCGAGGGAGUCUGAGUCCAAGGGGAACCUGCACGAGCAGGACUGGAGGGACCAGGACGGGUUCUCCCUCCUCCACGUGGCCUCCCUGCAGGGCAACCCAGACGCCGUCCUGAAGCUCCUCGACCUCGGCGCAGACCCCAACGCGAGGAACGACGAGGGCA